UGGAGAUGGAGAGGCUGGUAGCCCGGUGUAAGAGCAAGAUAAGUGCAGCCGAGAAGAAGCUGUUUGGGCGGAGUAAGAGCAAGAAGAAGGAAGAGCUCCAGGAGCAGCUGGAUGACAUGCGGAGGAGACUUGAGGUAAGUAAAUAGCGUGGAUUGGAAAUGACAUCUUUGGUUAGCAACUUGAGGCUUCACACGAGGAGGAUUCGCAGGAGGAGGAGGGUUUGGAGCCGUCCUCAGAGAGGAGGCCUUCAUAAGCGCCUCCCUCAUGGCGCUUUGAAGCUGCUGCAGUUUGUGGGCACCUGUAGCGAUAAAGGGGUCGCUCUUUUCAUCGGAACUCCACCUGCGACUCUAGCGUUAAGCCCACAGCCAACGUGCAUCGUCGUGGCUUACAAGGAGACCAUGGUGUGGAAGGAAGGUGGAGAAGUUACUGUGACGAUCAAUGGGCAGACUGUGAAAGGUGAGGUUGUUUCCCUGUUUCCCAGGAAGCCUUGGGUGGCUGCUGUUGAGCUCUUCGAACCGUUGGGACUACCUCCUAAGGUGCCUCUUAUGGUUGGUCUGCCUCGAAAUGAAGAGGUGGUUUUUGUGCGGCGGGCUGGGGAAGUUGAACUCCCUGCAAUCCUCAAGAAGCACUACUUACCAGAUGAAGUGGCUGGCAUCGUCCCUGGUGUCCAAGUGGGUGAUGUUAUCGUUGAAUGGGAUUCAGAUUCAAGGAGCCUGAGGGUGAGUGGGAUUGUUGUCAAGACGGAGAAAGAUGGUGCUGUGGUGGGGCUGCCCGUGGAUGACGCCACGCUACACUUUCUUGAGGCGGACAAGAAGAGCUGGUACCGAACAAAAUACCCAGGGCGACUCUUGGCGGUGGGGAAGUAUGGGUAGUUGGAAUGGUAUGUGGCUGGUUUACGCUACGAUAGCUACUGAUAGUUAGUGACGAUCUUUUGGUCAGACUGAACAACGACGGAUAUAUAUGUAAAUUUUGGACUUCUAGAUUAAUGGAAGAGCUGCUUUUGCUAGGCUCUGCAAA